GAGCUAAGACCAUAACUUUGCUUUCAAGACCAUUUGGCUAUCUUUCCUCAUUCUAGUUGAGCCAACUUCAAUAUCUUUAAGCCUUACACCCAACUAACUAUCUUUAUUUACAUUUUUUUUUUCUUUUUUAUAUCUUUCUCUUUCUCUCUCUUUCUCUCUUUUUCAAAAUAUAUACUGAAAAAACAGAUAAUGACAUUCUCUGAUGAAUGACAGUGUAUGUGUAUAUGCAUCUUAUGAAUUUUAUUAUUCUUUGUUUAGAGUUUAGAGAUGGGCAAUUGUGUUCCAGUUCUGAGGAUCCAAGACUCUUCGAAAUCCAAAUGCUUGAACCACCCAAUAAUCCAAACAUCGGUCUCAAUCGAAUCCCAGCACCAAAAACCAGAAGAAGACCUCUCUGUGAAGCCCCAGAUAGCUAGUUUUCCAAAACAAAGUAGCACAGAAGAGAUGUAUUUUGAUUCUCAAGCUUGGUUAGACUCUGAUUGUGAAGACUAUUUCAGUGUCAAUGGUGAUAUCACCCCAACUACAAGUGAUACUCCUCAACUAGAUAAAUCCUUUCACAAAGAUGAAGCAAAGAUCAACUCCAUACCAAGAACCUCUCAAAACAAGCUUUUGUUUGAGUUGUUUCGUGAGAGUUUUAAUAGUAAUGAUGGCAGCCAUGAUUAUGAGACCAAACCUUCCAACUCAUCCAAUAAAAGCAGCUCACGUUUAUCUGUGGUAAACACAACUAGUAGUACUGUUAAUCACAACAAUCCCAAAAGAAGAAAAACCCCACAGCCUGUUAGAUGCUGCAUCCCAAAUCUGGUACGAAGUGUAAGCUCUAAUGAGAGUAAGAAGACUCUUAGUCCAACUUAGAAUUAGUGGUGUGGAUUGAAACCUGACAAAGUUUUUUUUUUUCUAUAAAAAAGUUCUCAAUUGGAUUAUUACAACGUCAUAAGUGGAGUUAAAUUGGUUUUUCAUUAGUUAUUACUUUUUUUUUUCCAGGUUUAUUGUAUUUAUUUAUGGAUGAGAAAGAAGUUUUUCUAAGAUAUGUAAAUCAUGAACAGCAGUUUAUACUUUGUGUGUGAGAUUUAAAAAAUCAUACUUAAAAUAUGAUUGUAUAUAUGUGUGAGUACUUUCCUAUUUAGACAAAAUUUAAUUCAUUGCCUUCUUAUUAGGCAGGAUCCACAAUGUAUGUAAUGCAGUUUUUUAUAUCUUAAUAAAUGGUAUGUUCGGAA